AUGGCUGCGAAAAGUGAACGCAUAUUGAAACCGCUGGUAGUUUCGCUGUCCGUGCAAGAGUCGCCGUUGACAAACGGUGAACCAGCAUGUCGUGCGCCAGGCGUGAAGCACUGCACCAGUUUAGCAACCACGCAGUCAUGGGCGUCAACUGGAGGCCGACUGCGUCUCGUCGAAGAAGUGGCGCGUGAGCACGUCUGCGAACACUGUCACGUGAUUCCGCAGAGAACAGUAUUGCUUCCCUGCAAGCAUGCCUUUUGCGAUCUCUGCUGCGAAGCGAACUCGUCAGAGGGCGGGAGUGUCUGUCCCAUUGACCAGCAGUCUUGCGUGAAAGACGAACUCCAGACGAUAGUGCUUCCAGCAAAAAUAGCGAACGACUUGAAGGCUCACUGCUGGAAUGAAAACAAAGGUUGCGAGUUCGUGGGCGCCUUGGAAACUCUCCUGCAACACUAUGAAGAAGAAUGCACGUUCCACUCCUUUCAGUGUGCUGUAAGCGGAGCGACCAUUUUGCACAGAGACCUGCCAGCCCACUCUAAAGCCGGAUGCGUCGCUUCAGGUGCCGAAGCAUCCUUCGCGAACUUGAACCUGACGACCGCUCAAGACAUCGUACUCUCUGCCGAAGACAUCAAAGACACUGUGGAGAAACAAAAGAAGCAACUCGACGACCUCCGCGAACGUCUCGCUAGAAAGCAAGAUCGGAUAAAUAACCUCGGCGAAAUGUCUGCGAAGCAAGAGCGCAAGAUGCAAGAACUGGAACGCCAGCAAGCAGACAGUGGACGCCAACCAAAGGGCGGCUUCUCCCGUGCCGUGCGCAACGUCGUCCGUCGAAGCUUCCGGGAAGUCCGCCGCGCCGUUUCAAGUCGGCAGCAGACGCCGAGGGAGUCCGAAUCGGUAGAGCAUCUCGUCGGGAGAGUCGCGAGUGAAGGAAAAGAGUGUUCGUGGCAAUACGAAAGUUCGUUGCAAAAUGAUGCACAGGUGCCCCAAAGUUAACCGUUCUCGUGAAGUCCUUCUGGCGCAAGUGCACAAUACUAAGGCGGUUAGACUUGCACACGCUACAGGAAAAAAGUGAACGAUUUCAAUUACCUGAUUCGAAAAUCUAUUUGAUCACAGUUACGAAUUACUUCCUCACAAAUGUAACUGAGCAAUUACUAUAAAGUAAUCGACUACAUUUGCUUUACUUUCCUGCCAACAUUUAUCACAGGCAGUAAAUAAAGGGUUCUGGCCGGGCUCUUUCAGCGCGUCCUCUG